ACCACUCCCAAAUUAUUCGAAUUUCAACAUGAUUACCAAAAAGUAAAAUGUAAUAAUAGGAAACAGGUUGCUAGUGUCAGUGGCGGCUACAAUAGAUUAAUUCAUCAUCGUGUUUGUGUCGGUUGGUGUUGACUGAGAAUAAUCAUCUCUUUGUAAUAGGAAUAGGUCUUCAGUUGCGUUCUAACUAAAACACAUUCGCAUAUUUUCGUUAUACAGAUCCGUUGGACGAAAAGCGAUUUGCAAGAGGAGGACUUAUGGCUGAGCUGGCAGUGGCACUUUUACCAUUUGCAGUGGAGAGGCUUUGGAACCUACUUGUCCGAGAAACUAAGCAAUUUCAAGGAGUUGGAGAGCAGUUCGAAGGAUUAAAGAAUGACGUGGAUACGUUAAGGUGCUUUUUGAAAGAUGCAGAGGCCAAAAAACAUGCAAAUGAAACGGUGAGGAAAAUUAUCAAAGACAUCAACGAAAUUGUUUUUGAUGCGGAAGAUAUCAUCGAGACGUUUCUUCUGAAAAAAACACUCCGGGAAUCAAGCAGCAGCAGCGUGAGAAGAUUUGCAUCUGUUACUGUGAGAACCAUGGUGCUUGGGUUUGAUAUGAAACCCAUAAGGAAUAGGAUCUCUAAGGUGAUCCGUGAUAUGCAGAGUUUUGGCGUUCUGCAGAAUGAAGAGCGUAUGCAGUCUCUAGAGGUAAGAGAAAGACAAAAGCGAGAAACGUUUUCUAUAGAUGACCAAGAGAAAUCUAUUGUUGGGAUGGAGAGAAAUAUUGAGAUAUUGGUUGGCUAUUUGGUGGAGGAGGGUAGCAGUCAAGUGGUUUCCAUAACCGGGAUGGGCGGGCUUGGUAAAACCACACUCGCAAGAAAAGUUUUCAAUCAUGAAACAAUAAAAAGUCAUUUUCGAGAAGGAUUAGCGUGGGUGUGUGUUUCACAACAAUUUGAAAGAAAGUCUGUCUGGGAGACAAUCUUGCAACAACUGAGGUCAGAAUGUUAUAAGUCAAAGAUGAAGGAAAACGAACUUCUAGAGAAGAUUGUUGGAGUGUUCGAAACACAAAAGGCUUUGAUCGUCAUUGAUGAUAUAUGGAGAGAAGAAGACUGGGACCUAAUCAAGCCUGUGUUUCUGCCAAAUAAAGGAUGGAAGGUAUUAUUUACUUCUCGCAAUGAGGAAGUGGCAUUACAUGCAGAUAGACAAUGUGUUACUUUCAAACCAGAAUGCCUAACUUCUGAAGAAAGUUGGGAUCUUUUUCAGAGAAUAGCAUUUCCAAUUAAAGACACAGUUGAAUUUAAGAUUGAUGAAGUCAACAUGAAAGAAAUCGGAAUGGAGAUGCUUAAACAUUGUGGAGGUCUACCACUGGCUAUUAAGGUGUUAGGCGGGAUGUUACGUAAAAAGUACACAUUGCAUCAGUGGAAAGUGAUACAUGAGAAUAUUAAAGCUCCCAUCGUUAGAGGGACUGGCUUUGACGACGGAAAUAUGAAGAGGGAGGUUUACAAUGUUUUGUAUCUGAGCUUCGAAGAGCUGCCUGCUUAUUUGAAACAUUGCUUCCUUUACCUCGCUAGUUUUCCAGAAGAUUUUAAAAUAGACGUGGAGAAACUUUCCUAUUACUGGGCUGCAGAAGGAAUACUAAGGCCAAUGGAUUUCGAUGGAGCGAGCAUUCGAGAGGUUGGAGAUGGAUACAUAGAAGACUUAGUGAAGAGACACAUGAUUAUUUCUGAAAGAGACGUUAAAACUUUCAGAUUUGAAACACUUCAGUUGCAUGACAUGAUGAGAGAAGUUUGUUUAAGAAAAGCUGAAGAAGAGAAUUUCGUACAAACCAUUGGCACAUCAACUGCAAAUUCAAAAUCUCCUUGUAAAUCUCGCAGACUUGCUAUUGUAAGUUCGCCUAAAGAAACAUUUAAUGUUGAUAAGGAGGUGAAGAAUCCAAGCCUUAGAACUCUCUUGUUGUUUUUCGAGAGCGGAAGUUGGAUGAAAAUAAGUUUUUUGUUUACAAGGCAUAAGCUGAUGAGAGUGUUAGAUCUCUCUUAUGUGGAGUUUGAAGGAGGGAAGGUACCCUCUAACAUCGGAAAGCUCAUCCACUUGAGAUAUCUUAGUUUCAAGGGGUCAUAUGUAACUCAACUGCCUUCUUCUAUGCGGAAUCUGAAGAAGCUUCUCUAUUUAAACCUGGGUUUAACUUUUUUGUUAGUUCGAGUUUACAUGCCCAAUGUCUUGAAUGAGAUGCGAGAAUUGACAUUCUUGUUGUUGCCGAAGUUCUUAAAAGAUGAGACAAAGUUGGAAUUGGGAAAUCUGGUCAAGCUGGAGACGUUGAAGAAUUUCAACACAAAACAUGGGAGAGUGACGGAUCUACAGGGCAUGACACGGCUCAGAUCUCUCUCUAUCUUCUUUGUUACAGACGAGAGGUAUACUAUGGAAACUCUAUCAUCAUCUCUAAGUAAACUUUCACACUUGGAGAGUCUUACUAUAGAUAGCUUGGUGUAUACUCCAACGAAUGAUGAUGAAGAAGGAUUUGUUUGGGAUUUUGUUAAUCUCAAACAGCUGAAUUUGGAGUUAUAUAUGCCAAGGUUACCUGAUGCGCAACACUUUCCUUCUCACCUUACAACCAUAUCUCUAAAGUGGUGUCGUUUGAAGGAGGAUCCAAUGCCGAUUCUAGAGAAGUUACUUCACUUGCAAGUGAUUAUUUUAGGAAAAAGAUCUUUUUGUGGGAGGAGAAUGGAUUGCUCAAAGGAUGGGCUUCCUCGUUUGCAGAAGCUUCAAUUUGAGGGAUUAGAGGAGUGGGAAGAGUGGAUAGUAGAAGAAGGAUCUAUGCCCCUUCUCCAUAGUCUCAAGAUUAAAAGUUGCAGAAAAUUAAAGGAGCUUCCUGAUAGGCUGCGAUUCAUCACUAACUUGGAGGAUCUCAGUAUUAAGAAUAUGGGAGACGAAUUCAAAUUGAAAGGAUACUUGCCUUAUCACCUUACAACCAUACAUAUAAAGGAGUGUUGUUUGAAGGAGGAUCCAAUGCCGAUUCUCGAGAAGUUGCUUCACUUGAAAGAGGUUAGAUUAGAGAGUAAAUCUUUCUGUGGGAGGAGAAUGGUUUGCUCAAGGAAUGGGUUUACUCAAUUGCAGAAGCUAAGAUUUUAUGAAUUAGAUGAGUGGGAAGAGUGGAUAAUAGAAGAAGGCUCCAUGCCUCUUCUUCAUACUCUUGAUAUUUACGAUUGCAAAAAAUUAAAAGAGCUUCCUGAUAGGCUGCGAUUCAUCACUUCCUUAAAGGAUCUGAGUGUUAAUUACUUAAGUUCUCGUUUUUGGGAUAUAUUCUCCUCCACUUCGCGCCUUACAACCAUACAUCUGAAUGAGUCUUGUUUGGAGGAGAAUCCAAUACCAAUUUUAGAGAAGUUGCUUCACCUAAAACAUAUGUAUUUAGGGGAAAGAUCUUUCCAUGGGAGGAGAAUCGUUUGCUCGAGGGGUGGGUUUCCUCAAUUGCAGACGCUAUUUUUUUGGGGAUUAAACCAGUGGGAAGAGUGGAUAGUAGAAGAAGGCUCCAUGCCCCUUCUCCAUUCUCUCGAAAUUUACUGUUGUCCAAAGUUAAAGGAGCUUCCUGAUGGACUGCGUUUCAUCACUUCUUUGAAGAGUCUGACCUGUUAUUAUAUGGGAAAGGAAUGGAAGAAGAGACUGUCGGAAGGAGGAAAAGACUAUUACAAAGUCCAACACAUCCCUUCUGUUACAAUUAAAUGACUGAUCUCGGCAAUAGUGAGUCAGAGACAGCAGCUGAAGGAGACGAGACUCUCAGCAAUUACGGACUAUCAGGUAAUAUAUAGGAAUGAACUUCUCAGACAACUUCUUUGAAUUUACAUAACACUUUAUGAUAUGUGUUUUACCCAUUGAUUUGAUAAGAGUGGGAAACAGAAAUUUUACAAGUGAAACAUUACUGGCACACGAGGAGUGGAUUAAGCGGCGAAGCUGUUCAACCAAGUGUCUAACCUAAAGGAUCCUAUCAGUACAGAGUGAAAUGUGUGAAUCUAAGUAGUAACCUAUUUUCAAAACUGUUACAAGGAUAUUGCAAGCGCCUCCCUUAUUGAGAAGCCCUCUCUGGAGAUCCAUCUGAAGCAGUGACUUAUCUUUAUGCGUAAACAUCACUACCUCUCAAGUAUACUGAAGGGUUCAUUGAGGAGUAGUAAAGUUGAUGAUGUGGUCUUAAUAUCUGGCCAAAGAUAUUCACAACAAAUCAAUUUUUUUUGGUAUAUAUAUUUUUUUUUUUUGUAACUCGAAAUUUUGCAUGCCUCUGUACAAAGAUUUAUGGAUUCAGUAAAUAUUAUUUGAAUUAUGAACU